GUGGGUGGAGGAUGGAAGCGGCUGAGAUCGAGUUCUUGGGCGAGCACGAAUCCAUCGAGAUCGUGCCCAAUUUCAAAGAGGGCGUGCUCUACCUGCUCGAAGGUGAGGUGGGCCCGUUUCGGGCGGGGUUGCCCGUGCGGGUGCCGCUCUGGAUCGGUGUGCAUCUUCGACAACGCCUCAAGUGCCGAAUCCUGCAGCCGGAUUGGAUGCGGCUGGCGCCCUUGGAGACGCUCCGCGAUGAGGAGAAAGAGUCGCAAUUCUUCUUGGAAUUGCCCAACCCACAUUUGUUCACGGUCUCGCAGAUGCUGUUGGACGUGGCCACGCCCGAGUUGGUCCAGGCCGACGCCAUCAAGACCCUGCUCAAAGAUAUCUGGGACAUUCGACAGGCCAAACUCAGACGAUCCGUGCACGCUUUCAUUCAAUCCGGACUUCAACACGCCAAACUCGACCACCUGCAGUUGAUCGAACUAAACGCCGUGCGUCCGCUUCUACCUCAAGCCAUGGACGCGAUCUUUCGACUGGAAAUGGCCAAUUCCCAAGCUCGACGUGUGGCCUCCCAGAGCUCGUUGUUCAAUCACUCCACCUCGUUCAGUUCCAUGUGAUCGAGGCUUCUCAAUACUUUCUUGUAUCUUAUAAAUUUGUACGGAAAACGUU